AUGUUUAACUUGACAGAAGUUACCUUCCUCAGUGACAGCCAUGCUUGGUUCCAGACUUUAAAGCCUUGGUGGGAUGUCCUGAUGGACUACUUGGUACUAGCGAUGCUGAUGGUAUCUCUUCUGUCAAGUACUCUGCUGAUCUCCAUUGACCAUAUGACCUGCUUACCUCUGAAUGACAAGCUAAAUGAGACUACAGCAGCUGUGCCCAAACUUGGAGCUACAGAGAAUGCCAUCAGUGAAGAUUCUGAGAAACAUGGCCACACAAUCAACCUUGACUACCAGCAGUACCUGUACAUCAACCAUGUUUGCUACCAGAAGGCUUUGCCUUGGUUCUCCAAGUAUUUUCCUUACCUAGCACUUGUCAACUCACUGCUCUUAAUGGCAAGCAGCAACUUCUGGUUCAGUUACCCUAAGACCUCAUCAAAGAUUGAACACUUCUUAUCCAUCCUAAUGAAAUGCUUUGAGUCACCUUGGACCAUCAAGGCUCUCUCUGAAAUGGUCUGCCAGAAUUUCCCAGACCUACCCAAAACCACUGAUACUGGAGGGUAUCAAGAACCCAUUUCUCCAUCAUCCUCUCCCAUCUUAGACUGGAAGGAAAGGGAGCAAGGCCGGGCACUCUUUGAGAAGAUCCACAGAUUCAGGGCACACACUGAAGGUGCCAGCUUGAUUUACAUGGUCUACAUGGGACAAACAAUCUUCAAAGUUGCAAAGAUCCUAACUGUGCUGGGCUAUACCUCCAACUAUGUAGGAGCCAUUUCCUUUGACCAUGUUUGCUGGCUGGACACAGAGAACCUCACUGGUUACUCUGGUUUCCUCUGUACCCACAGUUUGGCUUUUAUUUUGCAGAAGCUGAUGGCUACCUACCUGUUUUUGGUAUUCUUCUAUGCGGUAGUGGGGGCUUACCCAUUGUUGUGGCUGCUGCGGCAGCCAUUGCAGACGUAUUCUUUUAAACAAAUGCGAGAAGGCAGUCACUUCCUUGAUAUCCCAGAUGUCUAUAAUGAUUUUGCUUUCCUGCUGCACAUGGCUGACCAGUGUGACCAAUUGUAUUCAUGGCGGUUUGCCAUCUUCCUCUCAGCCAUGAGUAAGAGCUCUUUGCUGGAUGUGGGCCUUGACAAUGACUUAGGUGUUAAAGGGCUGCAGCAGCAGUGUAUAUAAUGACACUCACAGGCAAGGUCAGAAUGCUGAGGCUUUGCAAGCUGCCAGGCUAUCUAGGGCCAUCUUCUGUAAAACAGAAGCCCUGAAGCACGCAAAUGAUCCCAGAUGAAAGCUGCCAGCAAAUUGUGUGUACUAACUUAGCUGCACCUUUCUCAAUCCUUAAUGGUAAAGAUGGAACCCACUGACCUAGAAUACCUUCAGGAAAGGCCCAUAAUAUUCCACAUCACAUUUCUUGACAUUACAA